AUGGUCCUUGGCUCCAUAGCUAUACAAUUCAUACAUGUGGUUCUUGCAGCCAUGAUUCUUUCACUAGACUUCCUAUUCUUGUUAUUCACAAUCCAAAGGUCUCUGUACUUUUUUGGCAAGAGCAUGAAGAGAAGGCCAGAGAGCAUGAGAGUCAGAUUGAUGUCUGGAUGCAGAAGUGAGCUUUAUCUGAUAGAUUGUAUGUCUUGCACAGACCUCAUAUAUCUUCCUGGAAACUUUGUGGCCAUAGAAGAGCAUAUAGAGUUCUGUAAGUACCUAUCAAAGAUGCUUGAAUGCAAUGUGAUUUCCAUGGUAUAUAGAGGAAUAGCAGGAAAUUGCUGUUCCCCAUCCGAAAGAGGAAUAAUCGAGGAUCUAUCACCAAUUUCUCAGUGGAUAUCAAGAAGAAGCACUCGGAAGGUUGUGCUGGGAUUUUCCAUAGGAUCAGCUGUAGGAGUUCGUCUCGCAGAGAAAUGUCAUGUUGAUGCUCUUGUCCUAGUGAACCCAUUUAUUUCAUUAAGGGAAGUGGUAAGUAACAUUCUGUUUGGCAGAGUUCUAAAGCAUUUUAUAGUGGAUGAAUGGAAUAAUGUGAGUAGAAUGAAAGAAAUCAAUGCACCUGUUUACUUUGUUGUUUCUUCCAAUGACGAGAUAGUUCCUCCAUCACAUACAGAUGAGCUUAUCAAGAAAACAAGACUUCCAAGAAUGAUUGUGAUUCCCGGUGCAGAUCAUAAUGAGCCUAUGCGAAACUUUGCAACACACCUAUACCCAGUGAUAGGAGAGAUUCUGAAAGAAAAGAAUCAUUAA